AUGCUGUACGAAACAAUGAAAAGACCUUUACUGCGCGUUGGACUAACAGGACGGGUGUUCCUCCUGAUGGUGAGGGGUGCUCUUCCUCCCACGAUUGCAAUCGCGAUGUAUAGGAGCCCGAAAGUAGCGACAGUUUACGGCAACUUUGGUUUCCUGAUAGCGCUUGCGAGCAUACUGUCACUACAUCUCCAGCCAAGAGCCCGGUUUCAGCAGAAUAUCGCUCUUGCAACGCUUUUGACGUGUCUAGCUGCAGCAGUCUCCACCCUCUCCCACUUUGCUGGACUGAAAGCUCGAAAACAUACAGAAGUCCUUGGGGAAACGCGCGUAAAUUACAACUCAUCUGCCUCUGUUGUCAACGCCAUCUUCCUUUGCUUCGUAGUCUGGCUCGUUAGUGCGUUACGAGCUGCCUGGCCAAUGGUUACAAUACCAUUCUUGGUCUGCACUAUUUAUUCAAUAGUCGCGAUUACCAAUGGACCGGGUGUGCGUUCGGAGCACAGCAGUUUGGUCCUGUGCAAGCAGUUGUUGCUAUGUUACCUUACUGGAUUCGAAAUCUCGAUGGCGGUGUCAUUACUGUUCUUUCCCACCACCUCGCGUUCGGCUUUCAUCGACAGCUCGCACCGAUUUGUCGUCCAGUGUCGGGAUCUUUGCAUAAAAGAGCGAGACAUCCUUAAAGCCACGAGAAGUCGCGGAAACUCGGAAGAGGCGAGCGAGGAUGAAUACACAAGCCAAGCGACUGCGAUUAAAACAUCAGCGAUAAGUAUGCUCGGCUCCAUGUCUGCUCUACGAGAGGAGUUGUCCUACGCUAAGCAAGAGGUUGCUUUCGGGGUUUAUACAUCUGACGACAUGGAAAACCUACUUCAUCGCUUGGAGAGCUUGAUGAUUCCUCUUCUCGGUCUUUCGAAGAUCCCAAUUUUUAGCAUUCUGCACUGGCCGCCUAGCAAGCACUUCAGCCCCUUUGCGGAGCUGAUUAGUGCAAUGAUGCUCUCAUUCGAUCACAUAAUAGAAGAGUUAGAUCAUGCGUUGCAGCAUACAGCGGUGCUGAAGUUAAUAGACCGAGACGAUGACGAUAGCCCAAAGGGAGAUCUUAAAGUUUUGUGUCCUGAACUUCUGGCAGAGGCCGAAGAGCACCUCUAUAUCCUUUGCUUGUUGCAGUCCACCUCUGCAGCCACACAGGAGCUCUCGACAUUUGCCAGAUCGCAGCUUGUGAAGGGCGGAGGCCAGAGAAGCCGUCUCAUUUUUCCCCGGCUGGCGGAUAUCCCUUUCUUCUCAUUUUUUGUAAACCGCGACCCUCCAUACCCGUCCACCGUCCUAGAUCCUGAACACCUCCCACCCCGAAACGCAGUCGAGAAAUUUGGCAACAUACUCCGCAGAGCGCUCUCCUCCCUAGGCUCCGACUCAUUCAAAUUUGGGCUCCGUAUAGUGGCAGCUACGAUGAGCAUUGGAAUCGUGGCAUUCUUGAAGAGCACGCAGCACUUCUUCGUGGAAUACCGCGUCGUGUGGGCGGUGGUGAUGAUUCCCAUUUCCAUGAGCCCGACGGCAGGGACUGCUAUUUACGGGUUCAUAGGGAGAGCGCUAGGGGUUGGCGUUGCAAUGCUGUUGGCGUAUGUUAACUGGUACAUUGUCGCCGGGAGGGCUGGUGGAGUGGUGGUGUUCUUUUUCAUUUCUAUGAUGCUGUAUUACUUCUUGAUACUCAAGUACCCUCGUUUUAUUGUUUUGUUUAUCCUAGCCGCUGCGAAUCACGUCCUCAUUAUCGGUUACGAGCUCCAAGUCUCGGUCAAGGUUCCAGCGGAGAUUGUGUCGCCCCAGCGAUACUUCCCCGUAUAUACACUGACUCCUUACCGCCUCCUUUGCGUCCUAGCCGCACUUUUCAUUGCGUUCAUUUUCAACGUAUUUCCUGCUCAGAUCUCAGAGCACAAGAUCCUUCGCAAGAACGUAGUGACGUCGCUCACCCUCCUUGCCAGCUAUUCGAGCUCCGUUUCCGCAACCUUAGACCAAAGAAUCCGAGGCUUGGAAAGAGACACGCAUCAAGCAACUAGUCCGGGACGACUUCUGAAAGCGAGGAGGCUCGAGAUCCUAUUCAAAGAGCUCACUCUGUUGACCGAAAUGCGCCAGAUAUCGACGAUGGUGCCCUGGGAAAUCAGCCUGGGUGGUAGAUUUCCAAAAAGCUCUUAUGAUAGAGUCGUGGAUGCAAUACAAACUGCCGUGGCAUUCCUCAGCGUGAUCGCAUACAUCUCUCAAACCUUUUCUGCCUUCUACCAGCUUCCGUCGAAUCGGUUGGUACGCGACGCAUAUUCCGCAUCACUAUUCCACCAUACGUCCAAUGAGAUCGCUACGACUCUUUCACUUCUCGCACUCUCACUUUCCGCCGACAGUCCGCUGACGCCGGGGGCUCAAAUUCCGGUUCGAAGACUCCCGCAGCGGUUCAUACCAAGCAGAAUCAAGGUAGUGGGUGCGGAUGCUUUGGGCGACCCUAAUCUCGAAGCAUUCCUCGUCGUUGAGGUUGCUGGCGCACAGUUUGUGCGCUCGCUAGAGGUGAUGGUGAGAACGGUAAGGGACCUUGUUGGGACGGUGGAUUUUGGGGAAGAAGGUCAGGCUGCUGUUAACGGGGAUACUUCAAUGGGCGUGGUGUAAAGUCAUGGAAGGAUUGGAAUGCUGACUUACCCCGGCUGUUCUCAACCUCUAUACCAAUUCAUCAACUGAUAGAAUCGUGCUUAAGUUGGGACAUGACAUUAGUUGUCUGUUUGGACUCCUUACGGAGUAGAAAAGGG